CUUCUGGGAAAGCGAGGAGCCUGGCUGCUGCUGCUGCGGCCGCCUCCUCCUCCUCCUCCUCCUCCCUCGCCGGCCGCCAGGUGACAGUUGAUUGCUGCCGUCUCCGCCUCCGGAGCGAGGCCGAGCAGCCGGGCGGCGCGGGGGAGAGACGCCGCCCGCCAGCAUGGACGGCAGGGCCGCGGCGGGGCCCUCCGCCGUGGAAAGCGCAGGAGGAGCCGGAGCCGGAGCAGGCCCCGCUCUGGCGCGGAGACCCACCCGCCUGCUGCCGUCGGGGCCGCCGCCGGUGGUGGCUGCUGCCGCCGCUGCUGCUGCGGCCGCCGCGGCAGGAGGGACGCCGUCGAGCGGGGCCGGCUCUCGGCAGCCGAGCGUGGAGACCCUGGACAGCCCCACAGGGUCCCACGUUGAAUGGUGUAAGCAACUCAUUGCUGCUACAAUUUCUAGUCAGAUUUCAGGCGCUGUGCCCUCAGACAGUGUAUCCAGAGAGUACAGGGUAUACAGGAGGCCCACUAUACGGGAGAUUCAGGAUGGACACAAUGGCUAUCCUUCUGACGCAGAAGUUGAUCAGGUGGCACUGAGGGAUGGGAACAAACUUGCUCAGAUGGAAGAGGCUCCACUUUUUCCUGGAGAAUCCAUCAAAGCUAUCGCUAAAGAUGUUGUGUAUAUCUGUCCAUUUAUUGGAGCCAUCAGCGGUACCUUGACAGUGACGGAAUUCAAAAUGUAUUUCAAGAACGUUGAGAGGGAUCCGCAUUUUGUUCUUGAUGUUCCUCUUGGAGUGAUAAAUAGGGUGGAAAAGAUUGGAGUGCACACCCACGGAGACAACUCCUGCGGCAUAGAAAUUGUUUGCAAGGAUAUGAGAAAUUUGCGGUUUGCUUAUAAACAAGAAGAACAUAGACUGGAGAUCUUUCAAAACCUUAUUACACGAGCAUUUCCUCUUUCUCAUGGGCUGUCAUUCUUUGCGUUCAGCUAUAAAGAAAAAUUUCCUACUAAUGGCUGGAAAGUCUAUGAUCCCAUGGCAGAGUAUAAGAGGCAGGGUUUACCCAAUGAGAGUUGGAAAAUAUCCAAAAUUAAUAGCACGUAUGAACUUUGUGAUACGUAUCCUGCCAUUCUUGUUGUACCAACCAGUGUAAAAGAUGACGACCUCUCCAGAGUAGCAGCAUUUAGGGCUAAAGGCAGAGUACCGGUCUUAUCCUGGAUCCACCCGGAGAGCCAGGCCACCAUCACACGCUGCAGUCAGCCCCUUGUGGGCCCAAGCGACAAGCGCUGCAAAGAAGAUGAGAAAUUCCUGCAAACCAUCAUGGAUGCCAAUGCUCAGUCCCACAAGCUCUUCAUCUUUGAUGCCAGACAAAACAUUGUUGCCGAUACCAAUAAGGCAAAAGGUGGUGGUUAUGAAAGCGAAAGUGCCUACCCAAAUGUGGAAUUUAUCUUCCUGGAAAUCCCCAACAUCCACGUGAUGAGAGAAUCUCUGCGUAAGCUGAAGGAAAUCGUUUAUCCUACAAUUGAUGAAUCCCGGUGGCUUUCCAAUGUGGAGAGUACCCACUGGCUGGAAUAUAUACGGAUGCUGCUUGCGGGAGCAGUGAGAAUAGCUGACAAAAUUGAAUCUGGCAAAACAUCCGUGGUGGUUCACUGCAGUGACGGUUGGGAUCGCACCACUCAACUGACCUCUUUAGCCAUGCUGAUGUUGGACAGCCAUUACAGAACCAUCAAAGGUUUUGAGGUCCUCCUGGAGAAGGAAUGGAUAAGUUUUGGACACCGGUUUGCUGUGAGAGUAGGACAUGGAGAUGAUGAUCACGCUGAUGCUGACAGGUCUCCCAUGUUCCUUCAAUUCGUUGAUUGUGUUUGGCAAAUGACAAAGCAGUUUCCAGCCGCAUUUGAAUUCAACGAGCUGUUUUUGAUCACCAUUUUGGAUCAUCUUUAUAGCUGUCUCUUUGGCACCUUUUUAUACAACUCUGAACAUCAGCGAAUAAAAGAGGAGAUCAGUGCAAAGACCGUCUCUCUGUGGUCCUACACGAACAGCCAGCUCGAUGAAUUCAGCAAUCCUUUCUAUGUGAACUAUGAAAACCACGUCCUGUAUCCAGUUGCCAGCCUAAGCCAUUUGGAAUUGUGGGUGAACUAUUACGUACGGUGGAAUCCACGGAUGAGGCCUCAGGUGCCAAUUCACCAGAAUCUGAAGGAGCUGCUCUGCAUCCGAGCGGAACUCCAGAAGCGGGUCGAGGAACUUCAGCGGGAGGCCACGACACGCUCCCUUUCGUCGUCUUCGGACCGCGGCUCGUCUCCCGCGGCCACCCCAGUGCAUACCUCCGUCUGAUAAGAGGACUGAACGUAAGGUACUCUUGUGGAUGUGAUCCUGCCAGCAGAAGACCGACUUACCACCACUGCCAUCGCCCCACGGACGGCAGGAUGACACCCUCUCCGACUUGUCCGUCACACUGAGGCCAGAAGGCGUCCCCUUGUGUGUCGCACGGAGGAGUAGGUGGCUGCUGGCUUGUGUGUUUGUGUGUGUGUGUUUGGUGGCUGUAGCUGAAUUUUGCAACGGGGAAGUUAACUCUUGAGCAAUCUGCAGCAAACCUCUCUGAAAGCAGGAAGCCAUCAGCCAGGCAGUGGGGCAGAGAGCUCUCUGCUGCCUCCCCAUGAGAAGCCCCAAGGGAUAGCCGAGCCCGUCAUGGACUAGAACAUGCCAAGGGGUCGUUCUUUCUUAAGGGGGAACCCAUCUGGUCUCCUUGGUACUUAAUACAUUUUUUUAAAAAAAAAAUCCACAGCAAACAUUAUGUUUCUUGGGACAGUUGUAGAAGAUCUGAUGCACUUUGAGAUGGAUUUAAUUUUAUACUCCUAUAGCCAGUUGUAUAUUUUGAAUAAACAUGCCAUUAAAGACGAA